CAGUUCCUGUGCUGCUUUGGAGGGCUGCCCCUGCUAUUCGAGCCGAGCUCUCCCGCUUUAAGGUGAGCGGAGCGCCCGGGAGCAUGGCACAGCGCUGCUGAAUGGGACGGAAACGAGCAGCGCGUGGCUUCGGAGCGUCCCCAGGGGAACCGCGCGUCUCGCCGGCUGCAGAAGCGCCCCAGGAGCACGGCCCCGCUCUUUAGCACCAGCCCCCAAGAACAACACAAGAGCAUCUUGGAGGAUCUGCCUAAGCAGACAAAGAGCUUUGCCAUGGCAGAGCUUGCAAUGGAGAAUAGCAGCUGCAUGGACUGGCAGAAACGGUGCCUCACAUUGGAAACCCAGCUCUUCAAAUUCCGUCUUCAGGCUAGCAAGAUCCGAGAGUUACUAGCUGAGAAGAUGCAGGAGCUGGAGCAGAGAGUAAUCGAGGCAGAGCAGAGGGCUGAGAAUGCAGAGAAACAGGUCAGAGUCAUGGAAGAGAAGGUGAAAUUGGCCAAUAUGAAAAACAGCGAAUCAGAGAGUACCCUAUACAGAAAAUACCAGGAGCUGCUGGGCACAGUGCAAGGAAAGGAUGAUCUGAUCAGCAGACUGGAAACGCAGCUGGAGAAACAGAAGCAGUUGAGGGCUGAGGAAGCUAAAAUUGUUCAAGACAAAGCUGCCAAGAUCAAGGAGUGGGUAACAUUUAAGCUAAGAGAGCUUGAGCUAGAAAAUUACCACCUGAAAAACUGUAAUCAGAGGCUGACAGAGCAAAUUGAAGCCCUUCAAGAUGCAUUACAAGAUUUAACAACCAUCCCUCCUAUUGAAUCUCUUUGGAGCUAUAACCCUUUGGUGCCCAGAAUGCUAUUGUCACCCUUGCUUGAGAAACCAGACCAGAAGUCCGUGCUCCUUGGGCUGGGUGUCAAAAAGGAGUGUCCGGGAAGAGCUGCUAAAGGUGUUCCCCCUACACCAGGUAUGAUCCUUGUUGAUGAAGCCUCCAUUGCAGAAGAAGACACUAAAUCAUUGCCCUCACAGAACAUGCUCAGGGUCAUCCCUGAUCCAUCGAACUGGAAGCCCUCUUUAGAGAAAGAUACGUUCCUUACUGUAAUCUCUGACACUAGCUCAGGGAGCCCUGAUCCCACACUACUGGACCUCGCCGUUGAGUCCACAAGUGACCUUGAAGCCCUGGCUUUCCAGUCUUCCUUGGGGAGAAACCAGAACUCUCUUAGCACCUCAGAUCAGAUGGCAUCAGAGCUGGGAAACGCCUCAGAUGAGCUGAGUGCCAAGUUCCGCUCCCACAGGCUGGACUCCUCUUCCUCCGGGGAGAUGAUGAGUACCCCUGAUGGCUGUCUCCCAACUGCAGAGCCAACACUGGAUUUGCCAUCAUCCGUUACUUCAACACAGCCAAGCUUUCCAGGGAGGGAAUGUGGACUAGGCAAUAGUCUGACUCUCCCAAAAAUCCGGACACCCAGCACCCCAAGAGACAGUAUCCAGCUAGCAAAGAGACAUUACAGCCAACCCCAGCCAGGUGCUGAUUGCUUCCAUCAUGUAAUGAGCAUAGAGGUUGGCACCUUCCAGCCCAUAACAACCUCAACACUCUGUCCUGCACAAGUAGAGGAGACAGACAUUGAUGAUGAUGAGCUGCCAGAGAAGAUGGAGACAGACGGAUGCCCAGUUGGGGAAGAGGCUGGGGUGGGAGUGGAGAUUGAUCAGCAUCCUGGUUCAGGCAAAAAUGAAGCUGGGAAUUCUGAAGCUGGACCACUAGACCCAGGAGGCAAACCUCCUACUCCACCACUGCACAGAUUCCCAUCCUGGGAGAGUCGGAUCUAUGCAGUAGCCAAGUCUGGCAUGAGGCUGUCGGAGGUGGCCCUCGGGACUGACUCUCCCAACUGGAUUUCGAAUUUUCCAUCAUAUUCAGCUUCUGGGCCAUUCACUUGUCUUAUCUACAGAAAUGUCACGGUUCCAGUCUACACUACGCUGAAGGGGAAAGCCACCCAGAUCAGCAACGUUCCUUUCUUAGAUGAGUCCUCAGGCUCUGAUGAUGACUGCAGCUCCCAUGCCAGCUUCAGGACCUCCAAUGGUGGAUCUGAGAUCAGAAAGACCAGCAUGCCAGGCAGCCCUCGUGCUGUGAAACGAGGUGUCUCUAUGUCCUCGCUGAGCUCAGAGAGUGAUUAUGCCAUUCCUCCUGAUGCCUACUCCCUGGAUGGUGACUAUUCAGAGCCAGAGCACAAGCUGCAGCGGACAUCUUCCUAUUCCACUGAUGGUGGAGUCUGCAGUGAGCCCAUGGAGAAAUCGGGCUAUUUGCUGAAAAUGGGCAGCCAGGUGAAGACAUGGAAGAGACGUUGGUUUGUUCUGAGAAAUGGACAAAUCAUGUACUACAAGUCUCCGAGCGAUGUUAUCCGCAAGCCUCAGGGGCAGGUUGAGCUGAAUUCUUCUUGCCAGAUCAUUCGGGGUGAAGGGUCCCAGACAUUUCAGCUCAUCACUGAAAAGAGGACCUACUUCCUGACAGCAGACUCUCCCAACAUCCUGGAAGAAUGGAUCCGUGUUCUGCAGAGCGUUCUCAAGGUGCAGGUGACCAGCUCUGCUGCGGUCCCUCAGAAUGAUGCCAAACCCACUGUGAAAGGCUGGCUCACCAAGGUGAAGCAUGGUCACUCUAAGUUGGUUUGGUGUGCACUGAUUGGGAAAACCUUUUACUACUAUCGAAAUAAUGAGGACAAGUGUCCUCUGGGGCAUUUGCACAUACGCAAGUCAAAGGUGGAGGAGGUGGACCGUUCCUGUGACUCGGAUGAAGAUUAUGAAGCCACUGCAGGGGGUCUCCUCUCAUCCCAUUACACCCUGGUGAUUCACCCGCAGGAUCAGAGUCCCACCUACUUACUCAUUGGUACCAAACACGAGAAGGAUACAUGGCUGUACCAUCUGACAGUAGCAGCUGGCAGCAUCAGUGCCAAGGUUGGCACAGCAUAUGAACAGCUAAUUGGAAAAUUACUGGAUGCAGAGGGAGACCCACAAUCUCCUUUGUGGAAACACCCCAUGCUGUGCUACAGUAAGGAUGGACUGCACACCUCACUCACUACUCUGCCAUCAGAGGCGAUGCAGACAGAAGCCCUCAAGCUCUUCAAGUCCUGCCAGCUGUUCAUCAAUGUCCCUGUGGAGGCUCCAUCUAUUGAUUACCAUGUGUCACUUGCCCAGACAGCGUUGCAAGUCUGUCUGACACAUACUGAGCUACAGAAUGAAAUCUACUGCCAACUGGUUAAACAAACUAGCUGCCGGCAGCCCCAGAACCACUCAGUCAUUCAGUGCUGGCAGCUCCUGGCUUUGUGUGCCCCUCUCUUUCUUCCUCAGCACCACUUCCUCUGGUAUAUCAAACAACACCUGCAGCGGCAUGCAGACUCCAGGAGUGAAAUAGGCAAGUAUGCCAUUUACUGUCAGAGGUCUGUGGAGCGCACGUUGCACACUGGAGAGCGGGAAGCCAAGCCUUCGCGAAUGGAGAUUGUGUCCAUUUUGUUGCGGAAUCCCUUCCACCAUUCACUCCCCUUCAGCAUUCCAGUGCACUUCAUGAAUGGAACCUACCAGGUCGUGGGUUUUGAUGGUUCCUCAACAGUGGAUGAGUUCCUCCAGCGGCUGAACCAGGAGACAGGCAUGAGGAAACCAUCCCACACUGGGUUUUCCCUCUUCACGGAUGAUCCUUCUGGCAGGGAUCUGGAGCACUGCCUGCAGGGCAAUGUGAAGAUCUGUGAUGUUAUUUCAAAAUGGGAACAAGCCUUGAAAGAACUGCAUCCUGGGAAAUACGAAGGUAGCACAAGAAUAGUGAAGCUGACCUAUAAAAGCAGAUUGUAUUUUCGAAACCAGGCAAAAGGUGAGACAGAUAGAGAGCGGUUGCUGCUGGCCUUCCAGGUCAGCAGUGAAAUAGCCCGUGGGAGGUUCCCUGUCAAUAAGGAGCUGGCUCUGGAAAUGGUGGCUUUGAUGGCUCAGGUGGAAUAUGGAGACUUGGAUCGACCAGUAUCUUCAAGCCCUGGGGGGACACCACAGUCCAAAAUGCAACAUCUUCUCCAACAGAUCUUGGACAAAUUCUAUCCCAAACGUUACAAACAAAACAUUACCCCUGAGCAUCUCAGGCGGUUGGCUGACAGGCUGGCUACAAAGUGGAUGGUGCUGCAGGGAUGCUCUCCACUAGAAUGCAUUAGAAUUUAUUUGACAGUGGCCCGGAAAUGGCCUCUCUUUGGAGCCAAGGUAUUUGCUGCGAAGCCUGUCCUGCCUUCUCCCUUGGAAGAUUGUCCAGUUUGGAUAGCUGUGAAUGAAGAUGGCAUUAGCAUACUGGAUUACAACACUAUGCACUUAAAGCUAUCUUAUGCAUACCCAUCUGUGCUGACCUUUGGAGGCUGUCGGGAUGACUUCAUGAUUGUAGUCAGUCAGGGGAAGGAUAGGAGUUCUGGGAAAAACAGCACUGAAAAACUGCUUUUCACAAUGGCAGCUCCGAAGAUUGUUGAGGUGACUCUUCUAAUUGCCAGCUAUAUUAACUACUGUGCACUGACUCCCCUCCUGUCUCCUGCACCUCCUUCUCUGAGCAUCAUCUCGCCUAUGAGCACAACGCCAACUAAAAAGCUCUGGGAGGCUCAAAGCCAGUGUUUCUUUCCUUCCAUGCCCCGUACUACCAAGGGGCCUACACUGCUCUGAGUGCUUGUUCUCAGUGCCUUUGGGCUUCAGUGUUGUUGUGGGCAAGCUGCCCAAUUUUGAGUUGAGGACUGCUGUGAUUUUGCUGUUUAUGUAUCCUGUUUUAAUGCAAACUCCAGUUCUCUCUCCUUAGUGUGGUAUGAAGUAUGUUUAGAGGUAAUAUUCUUUCUUUUCUAAAGACUAGAUUUUGGGGUCUGUCCACAUUUCUUCUCUCUGCUACAUGCUAUCCUAAACACUGUGGCUAAGGUCAUCUUCUCUUCUUGCUGCUCCAAUCACGUCACUCCCUCUGAAUCUCUUCACUUGCUUUUGCAUUCCUUCCAUCGUAGGGUUGGUGGGACAUAUUCCUGGAGUUUUCAUCACACGAUGUAAUCUUUAAUUAAAGAUUAAUCUUUAAAUUCCUGGAGGCUCCAGGACAAUCCUGGAGGGUUGGCAACCCUACUUCCAUAUCAUGUUCAUGCUGCUCUUACAAGCAUGUCCCUUCCCAUUCUGGGCUUUGUACCUUGUCUCAGGUCACCGUUCCGUAUGCCUAGAAACUGUCUUCCACUUCUUGCACUCCUCGUGAGCUCUCUUGUAUCCUUAACACAUCCCUUUUCAGCAGCUUUUCACCAUUCGUCUCCUGACAGAUGCUGUCUGUCCACUUCACUUUUGAAUCAUUAACUUACCUGUCCUUCAGCUGAAUUAGACUGUAAGCAACUUGGGCAAGGGACUUUGACUUUUGUGUGUUUCAAGCAUAAUACACAGUGAUGAGAACUGUGGUAUGAGCCUUGUGCAAAGAUACUUCAUACUGAAUACGGCCAGUAUGCCAAAUUUUAUAUUCCUGGAUCAGAAAAUGCAUGCACCAAAACAGGGUGAUUACCAGAGUGUAAAGAGAAAUAUAAUG